AUGUCGCAUUCAGAUACAGAUUCAAAUUCAGAUAGCCCAAAGCAUGAAGCUCCACUUCCACUAGAACCAGAUGAAUCCGAAUCCAUCUAUACUGUGGAUUCAUAUAGAACAACUGGAUUAUCAAUCAAACCCACAAGAACAGAAACAAGAAAGUCAUUAUUAGCAUUAGGGUUAACCUCAUCAAUACCCAUUCCCGAAAUCAAUCAUCCACCAGUUGAAGACCCCAUCUUUCCUGAAGAAUAUACAUUAGAAACCGAAACUGGUUUAGUCCCCGUCAAGACUUUAGAAACCAUUGGUCGUAUCAAGACAAUUAUAGAAGAGGAAGAAAAAAUCCAAGAAGUUGAUUUUGUCACCUUUACGAUCAAUGAUCCUGAAAACCCUCAUAAUUGGCCCAUGUGGAUUAAAUGGUCAUAUACUGUCCUACUAAUGAUUUUUGUUAUUUGUGCAGCAUAUGGUUCAUCAUGUUUAGCUGGGGGGUUAUUUACUAUAAAUGAAAAAUUUGGGGUCUCUACUGAAGUUUCUACCUUGAGUGUUUCUUUAAUGGUUUUGGGAUUUAGUAUUGGUCCUUUGAUUUGGGCUCCACUUUCAGAACAAAUUGGUAGAAGACCAGUAUAUUUCAUUUCAUUUGGAUUAUAUGUCAUUUUCAAUAUUCCUUGUGCAUUAGCUCCUAAUAUUGGUGCAUUAUUGGCUUGUAGGUUUUUAUGUGGGGUAUUUUCCUCAUCUGCCUUGACUAAUGUCGGGGCUAGUCUUGUUGAUAUUCAUAAUGAAACUAGAUCCUUGGCUAUUGCAUUUUUCUCCUUUGCUCCAUAUUCUGGUCCAGUCUUAGGUGGUGUUGUGAAUGGGUUUAUCAGUGUUGGUACUGGAAGAUUUGAUAUUAUGAUUUGGGUAAAUAUGGCAUUCUGUGGUGUUAUGUGGAUAAUUAUUUCAAUGAUGCCAGAAACUUAUGCUCCAGUUAUACUUAAAAGAAGAGCUGCAAAAUUGAGGAAAGAAACUGGGAAUGAUAAAAUCAUGACUGAACAAGAAGCUACUCCAUUAUCAUUUAAAGAAUUGGUAAAUGAUUGUUUAAUUAGACCUUUGAAAUUCGUGGUUACUGAACCAGUGUUGGUAUUAAUCUGUGCAUUCGUUGCUUUGAUCUAUGCUUUAUUAUAUGCCUUUUUCUUUGCAUAUCCUUAUAUUUUCAACACCUUAUAUGGAUAUCAAGAUGAUAAGAUAGGUCUUAUGUUCAUCCCCAUUCUUAUUGGUGCAGGAUUGGCUUUAACUACAACUCCAAUCUUGGAAAAAGAAUACACGAAAUUAUGUAAAAGAAGAAAACCACACCCAGAAGAUAGAUUAUGGGGAGCAAUGAUUGGUUCCCCCUUCCCAUGUAUUGCAUUAUUUAUUCUUGGGGCUACUUCUUACAAGCAUAUCAUUUGGGUUGGUCCAGCCUCAUCAGGUAUUGCAUUUGGAUAUGGAAUGGUGUUGAUUUAUUAUUCAUUGAAUAAUUAUAUUAUUGAUACCUAUGCAAAAUAUGCUGCUUCUGCAUUAGCAACCAAAGUAUUCUUAAGAUCUGCUGGUGGUGCUGCAUUCCCUUUGUUUAUUACUCAAAUGUAUCAAGGAUUGGGAUUGCAAUGGGCUAGUUGGUUAUUAGCAUUUGUUUCAUUGGCUAUGGUCUCAAUUCCAUUCGUUUUUUAUAAAUAUGGGAAAACUGUUAGAGAAAAAUUAUGUAAGGAAGAUUACACUAUAUAG